AUGCCCGAGCUCACCGUUCCCGGCGCCGUUCUCCACUACGAGACAUUCGGCACGGAGGGUCCCCUUCUCGUCUUCAUACCCGGUGCCGACGGCAGCGGUCGUGUAUUCCACCCCUCUGCCCAAUUUCUCGCCGCCCACUUCACUGUUGUCUGCUGGGACCGCCGCGGGUACUCCCAAAGCUUUCUCGUCGGCCAGCAAGACUUCGAACACCGCCUGCAGACCGACGCCGAUGAUGCGCAGCGACUGAUCAUGCACCUCUCUCACAAUGGGACCGCCAUCGUGUUCGGAACUUCGUCCGGCGCUAUCGUUGCCCAACAGCUGCUGGCCAGUCACCCGGAGUGUGUGGCAAAGCUCAUCGCCCACGAGCCCCCCGCGUUCUCCGUCCUUCCUAAGGAAUUCCAGCCGCAGGCGAACGGACUCAUUAACCACAUCUACAACACAUACAGAGCUCAUGGUCCCGAUGCAGCUAUGGAGGCCUUUGCCUCGGGUCUGUCCGAGGGCCCUGAUUCAAAGAUGAUGCGUCAGUGCAUGGAUGCAAAACGCGGCGACGAGAUCCGUGCAAAUUGCCUCUUUUGGUUUGAAUUUGAGCUAAGACAGUACACCGGCGCCCCAGUUGAUGUUGAAGGCCUUGACAGGGCGAAACAGAAAUUGAUCCUUGUUGCGGGAGAGGAUAGCGGUGAUGGGCCAGGUGUGGGACCAAUCAAGGCUAUCGCCGGACAGACAGGCAAGGAGGUUCUGAGGAUUCCUGGCGGCCAUCUAGGCUAUAUGAUUGUUCCCGAAAUAUUUGCGAAGAAACUAUUGGAGUUACUUAGCCAGUAG